GAUCCUAACAUCCUUUUCUGACAUAUAGCGCACUAGUAGAGAAGGGAUAGUCUUGUUCUGGCUGCUUGGGAAAUUCAUGGGGCUUUAAAUUUUUCACUGGACCACAGAUCCACCCAGGGGGGUCAGUGAGCCAUGCAGCAGGUGCUGGAUAAUCUCAAGGAGCUGCCUCCUUCAACAGGAGCCAAAGACAUCGACCUCAUCUUCCUCCGUGGCAUCAUGGAAAGCCCCAUAGUUCGUUCCCUAGCUAAGGCUCACGAGCGAUUGGAGGACGUUAAGCUGGAGGCAGUGCAGAGUAAUAACGUGGAACUUGUGAGCGAGAUCAUGUCGGAUAUGAGUAGUCUGAUCAGUCAUGAUGAAAGCGCAGCAGAUCUCUGCAAGAUCCUCAAAGAACCGCACUUCCAGUCCUUGUUAGAAGCUCACGACAAGGUGGCCUCAAAGUCAUAUGAAGCUCCUCCCACUAGCACCAACUCCACCAGCAUGGCCAACCUAUCCCUCAUGCCAGCUGACACUGUUCGUAUGAUCAGCAUCCAGAAGAAGGCUGGAGAGCCUCUGGGUGUAACAUUCCGGGUGGAGGAGGGAGACCUUGUCAUCGCACGUGUUAUGCACGGCAGCAUGAUUGACAGGCAGGGGAUGCUACACGCAGGUGAUGUCAUCCGGGAGGUGAAUGGCCGAGAGGUAGGCAAAGAACCCAUGGCGUUACAGCACAUGCUGAGAGACUGCAACGGAAGCAUCACCCUCAAAAUCCUGCCCAGCUACAGGGAUACACCCCCACCCACACAGGUGUAUCUGAAGCCACAUUUCAACUACAAUCCUGACACAGAUAGCCUAAUUCCGUGUAAGGAGGCGGGCUUGGCUUUCUCUAAAGGAGACAUUCUUCACAUAGUGAACAAGGAGGACCCCAACUGGUGGCAAGCAUGUAAAAUGAAUGGGGGACGAACUGGCCUGAUCCCCAGUCAGUUUCUUGAGGAGAAGAGGAAGGCGUUUGUAAGGAGAGACUUGGAUGGGUCAGGAAUGCUCUGUGGGACAUUAACUGGAAAAAAGAAGAAAAAGAAAAUGAUGUACCUUACAGCAAAGAAUGCAGAAUUUGAUCGGCAUGAGUUACAGAUUUAUGAGGAAGUAGCAAAGAUGCCUCCGUUCCGGAGAAAAACUCUGGUCCUGAUAGGUGCCCAAGGUGUGGGACGCCGAAGCCUCAAGAAUCGUCUGACAGUGUUAAACCCAUUAUGCUAUGGAACUACUGUACCCUUCACUUCUCGCCAUCCACGUGAUGAUGAAAAGGUUGGCCAGUCGUACUGCUUUGUGUCCAGGGAGGAGAUGGAGGCAGAUAUUAAGGCGAGUCGCUAUCUUGAGCAUGGAGAGUACGACGGCAAUCUGUAUGGAACCAAAAUCGAUUCUAUCCAUGAAGUCGUUCGCACAGGCCGCACCUGUAUACUGGACGUCAACCCACAGGCUCUGAAGAUGCUGAAGACUUCCGAAUUUAUACCAUUCGUGGUCUUCAUCGCUGCUCCAGAACUGGAUACACUACGGGCCAUGCACAAAGCUGUGGUGGAUGCUGGGAUCACAACCAAAGUUCUGACGGAAAUGGACCUAAAAAAAACAGUGGACGAAAGUGCCAGGAUCAAACGGGCUUACAAUCACUACUUUGAUUUGACUAUAGUUAAUGACAAUCUGGACAAAGCCUUUGACAAACUGCAGGCAGCUGUGGAGCAGCUGAACACAGAACCUCAGUGGGUCCCUGUCAACUGGGUUUACUGAGUCAAACCACCACCAUCUGGAGCAUCACUGUCCGGAUCAUUGGCAUUACAGUCACAUCAGCAUCACUUCCAUCAUCAUCAUCAUCAUCAUCAUCAUGAGAUUGACCGAUAUUGUUUUUUAAUGACCAAUUCCAAUUAUUUUUUACAUGUCUGAUUACUGAUAUAAUUGAAAAUCAGGUCAGCAUAUUUAUUUCUGAUUUUUAACAAAUUAUUAAAAACUAAAAUCAUUAGACUAAAACAAUAAAGAUAUAGUAUACAUUAUGAGUAUUUUAAUAAUAGCAAUUGCUAUAGAAGUGAGACAUUAUAUUUAUGUGAAGUUGUUUUGCAAUCUAAAUGGUAAAACUUUUUAUUUUCAUAUGUUGUGGGCUGUAUUAACUGUUAAGCUAAAAAAAUAAUUGUGAUUCUCACUUGCUAAUGAAUGGUUAAUACUUUAAGUGUUGAGUAAUUUAUAUAUAUAUACACAUGUAAUAAGUUACUUUACCUCUGAACACCAUUAUUUCAUGUUGAGUGCACAUUGAUGGAUGCCAUUCUCUAGAGACCCACCAAAUGGUGCCAUUUAUCGGUAGACCUGAUAGUAAAGAACCAAUAACCGUAUGGGAAGAAAAGUGUGAAUAUUGGUAAAAACUGUCAAAACUAUCAGUCAAAUCAAUUAUCAGUCUAUCCCCAAUCAUCUUUGGCAUCAGGACUGCUGGCAUCAUUUUCAUCUCCAUCACCAUCAUGAUCAUCAUAAUCGUCAUUGGCAGAAGCACUGAUUGGUCCGUGGCACAAGUUCACAGUGAACUUCUUGUGCAGCUGCCACUUGCUGGUCCAGGCCAGUUACUAUGCAAAUGUACACUAGACAUCCAGUCAUGGACAGACCUAAAGGAAGUGUACUUAUUUAUUAACGUUUCUUUUCUUCUACAGACUAAGCAUACUUCAAGAAUGUUACUUGGAGUGAAAAUGUUGAAAGAAUCAAAUAGGAAUUUUUGGAAUGAAUUGUCAUUGUUACUCAUUUUCCAUACAAGCAGGAGCUGCAUUACAGGAUUCAAAGCAGGGGGCUGUUUUGUUGCUUUAAUUUUUGUGUUAAACACGAAGUGGUUUACAGUGCAGGUUUCAUCUCAUUUAUAUUCCUCAAUCCUUUAGAAACAUGCUCUCAUGUAGUUCAGUCACUACAGUAUGUCAGUCAAUUUGAGCAGCUUUAUAUUUAAGCCAUAAAUUAUUCAUUAGUGUCAUCCUCUUCAUUUAGUAAAUUUUUGUUGAAUUCGAGGAACACUAGGUGUAAGAUAAUUUUAACUUCAUAUCACUUUUAACAGUUUACUGAUGAAUUUUAUAAUCUGCAUCAUUGUGUUUCUUGACAAAAUGUGCAAUGUACUAGUACUCAUAAUCAGCAUGGUAUUUAGCGUAAUGCCUUUAACACUGCCACAAAAAAAAUAUGUGUCCUUGAGUAUUGACUAUAUCAGCUGUCAUGAUCACAAGCAACCUGACCUCUCAUAUUUCUGACUCCUAAUUACUUCUAGGCUGUAUGUAGUGAUGUACCAGAACCCGGCGAAAAUACUGUAUGUCUAUAUCCCAGUGUCAUUUCCAAACCUGUAUACAAUUUUUAUCCUUUGUGCAUAUUCACUUAAAUUCUAUAUUUUGCAAUACAGAGAGCUGUAUUUUCUGAUAUUAAACAGCAGUCUAAUAAAAACAUCAAA